AUGGCUCAGCAGCCGGUCCCGUCCGCCCCUCGGGUCUUUUUCUCCGCGCCCCCAGCCUCGACCUCACGCCCCGCUGAAACCCGCUCCCGGGCCGCAGCGCCACCCCGCGCAACCCCCGGCCGCCUUGCACUCCCGCAGAGCCCCGACCCCGCACCCUCCCCACCGCGGCCCCGCCGCUCCCGCCCGCGCCCCGCCCGCAGGCCCCGGGCCCGCUCCCCAACAUGGCGACGGGGACACGAGCGCGGCGGCGGGUGGGGCGGCUGCGGGCCCGGGCCGCACUCGGGCCGAGCUGCACGGCCGCCCGGCGCCAUCUUCGCGCGCCAGGCCCGGGCGGCGCCUCCUCCCCACGAAGCCAGCCGGGCCGGGCCCGGGACGCUCAGCAGGCCCACCCCUUACGGGCCAGCGUCGCCGUCGCCUCACCUGAGCGCGGCCCCGGCCCUCCCGGGCGGGCCUCGCAGCGCCGGCCCGGGCCGUGCGUGCCCGGCGCCCUCGGCGCGUCCGUCCGCUGGUCCUCGCGUGCGCCCGUCCGUCCGGCUGUCGGCGCCCGGCCGCCCGCAGCCCGACCCGGCAGGGCCUCAGGGAGCCGCUAUGUAUGCUGCGCAACACUCCACGCCUCAGUUUGCUCAUCUCAACGAUGGGGAUAAUAGUAUUUCCUUGCAGAGGAAAUGA